AUGGGGAGAAAGCCAUGCUGUGCAAAGGAAGGGCUCAACAGAGGGGCAUGGAAUGCUCUUGAAGACCAGAUCCUUGUGUCCUACAUCAACACUCAUGGAGAAGGCCUGAACCGUUGCGGGAAGAGCUGCCGCCUGCGGUGGCUCAACUACCUGCGGCCUGACAUUAAGCGGGGCAACAUAUCCGUCGACGAGGAGGAACUCAUCAUCAGGCUCCACAAACUCCUCGGCAACAGGUGGUCUCUGAUCGCAGGGAGACUGCCAGGGCGAACAGAUAAUGAAAUCAAGAACUACUGGAAUUCAACCUUGGGCAAGAGAGUCGUCGGAGCCUCAUGCAAACCGAAAGGCAACGACGGCCUUACCCCCGACUCCGAUCCAUCACCGGAGGCAGCAAGAACAGGAGCAGCUGCUGCUGGUCUAGACAAGAAUAUGGCCAUCAUCCAGACCAAGGCCCAGAGGUGCACCCGGACAUUCUUCCAUUACCAUCAAGCACUUGAACCCCAGCCUCCAUCUCCGCCACCGCCGCCGCCGCCACAAGCACUGCUUACUUAUUCGCAGCAGCUCCACCAUCUGCUGACAUCUAAUAAUUGUUCUUCUUCACUAGUAGCGCAAGAGGAGGGGAUCGUCGCAGGAGGAAGAGAAUUGGUAGAGGAGGCAUGCUUGGCCAUGGCGUCUGACGACGCUGACUUCGUCUCCUCACAAGGACCGAGCGAGAACUUCCUCGACGCCGACUUCGACCUAUCUUACAUGGACUUUCUUCUUGAUCAAACGGAGGAGGAGUACUGGACGAACGUGCUGGACAUGUAGCAAACAUUUUUCACCACAAAUUCCACUAGCUAUAUUUUCAAUAAAAUCAAAACCGACCAUGUACAAGGAAGAAGGCCAGGAAAUAAAAUAAAGAAAAAAUAUCCCUCCCAACUGUGAGGAUUUAAUGA